UGUAACUCCUCUCAUGUGGAACCUCCCUCUUGGCAAACAACUCAGUGUUACACUUCUCUGACUUUUCUCCUUAAGAGGAACACCAUACCACUAUUAUAAACACUUGCAGGAGAAAGAUAUGAAGUUUGAGAAAAGAUCAGCAUGUGGGCUGAAAUUACUGAGAAACUGGACAGGUCUUUGUGUAUUGAUGGUGGUUGUACUUGUAUUAUAUAAUGACCCGUAUCUAAUACUUUGGUGGCCUCAGAGACCUGAACAGAGAACCAAGCCUGAUGUUUCCCCUCUGGAUCUGGCGACAGAUUCCAUUGAUGACAUGUACGCUGGCUGUCGGUCUGAAACAGCCUCAUUGAUCGACCUGUUUGGUGUGUUUGAGUGGCAUUUCAACACAAACUUCAGCAUUGCCUGGGCUUUAGUUGAAAGAAACGCAAGGAAACCUGUGCACGAGCAGCUGAAAGAUGACCACGCCAUAGUUGUGCUUAUGUACACAAAAUUUGCUCACAUCCGGGAAGAUUUUAACACAGCGGUGAAAACAGGAAAGCACAAGUACAACACAGAGGGAUUUCAUUUCCACUAUUUUUACUUCUAUUUGACUCAAGCCAUUCAAGCUUUGCGACACAAGCAGACAUCCUGCAGGACCACCUAUCACAGGUCAUGGAAGCGAUUUGACCAAAAUAUCAACAACACAAUCAUCCGUUUUGGCACUUUCACCUGGGCGGCAUCAAACAGGGAGUCAUUUGAGCUCAGCGGCAAUGUCUCCUGUUUUGAGAUCUACACGUGCUUCGGCGCCGACAUCACGUACUACUCCAGUACAAAGCUAAUCGGACAGGUGCUCAUUCCUACUUAUGAAGUGUUCAGAAUCACAGAUGUUGUGAUGAAUGAUCCGUGGUGCAGCGUGGUCUACAAGCUGCAGAGCACCAAAAUACCACGGUCAGACCAAAACUGCAAACUAACCAAAUCCUAUUUAGGAGCUGGUUUGAUGCAUUUGCUUCCUGACCGUGUCGUGGUGAUGUCUGCAUGUGCAUUACUGAUGAUAAUUAGCUCUUUGGUUCUAGUAAGACACAAGCAGAAGUGUUAUGUGGCGGUUGUGUUUGGUGCUCUGCUGGUGCUGGCGAUUACUGUGAUGAUGGCGGGUUAUCUAGGAAAACAAAGGUGACUGAUGGUGCAAUACUAUGACAAAUUAUCUUGGCCCGGUUUCCCAGAUCAGUUAAGUAGUUCUUAACA